UGCUGGGGUGUUAUCAAAAACCUGUGGAACAACAAAAGCCACAUUUUAAAAGGUCUUUCUAGCAGAAGAGCUUCCCCAGGACACCGAAACACACCAGCUGCUGCAGCACAGCAACACACAACGGACUGUGCCUGUGUGUCAAAGCCACCAUCCUACAUCUUCCAGGAUUCUUCACUAACACCAGGAUUCAACAUGAGCACACAUUUUGAAGUGAAGAACGUGGCUCUGCAAAAUGGAGAUCGGCUGAAAGUAAAGGGAGUGAUUUUGCCAGAUGCUCAGAGAUUCCAAAUCGACCUUGGCCGUGAUAAAGAUGACUUGGCACUGCACUUCAACCCUCGUUUCCAUGACGACAUUGACGGAGCUGUGCUUGUGUGCAACUCAAAGACUGCUGGUUGUUGGGGAGAUGAGAAACGGGAAGUAUACAACCCCCUAGAGAGAGGCACAGAUGUCAAGAUUGUAUUGAAACUGGAAGGAGACAUGUUUGAGGUGGAACUUCCAGAUGGAUAUGAAGUCAACUUCCCUUAUCGUGUUGGCAUGGAUGUCAUCAACUUUGUCCGAGUCACCGGCGACUUCAAGCUGACGUCCUUCAAGAUCUGCUAAGAGAUACAGUUGCUCACACCUGUGUUUACUAGUUUGGUUUAAGGAUGACAAUUUAAGACUUGAUCACGUAUAAAAAAUAUCUUGCUAGUCAAGUGAUGUAGUCCCACAAUGGAAGUGUGUCUUUAUUUAAAAAUGUCGUGUUGUGCCCAAGAAUAUUAAAUGUUUAAAUUCAAAUAA